AUAACCAACGUCUUACAACUUACAACGGCAACUAUUUCUUGAUGAACUACCGAGAUGACCAUGACUUUUUUUUUGUUAAGUGACUGAGGCAACUUGAUCAGGACAACCAAUAACAAGAUGACGACUUUGGAAGUGCUACUCGGUGGUCCGUUUGGCGACUGCCAAAACUCCCGCAAAGGGCGAAAAACUUUCAGCGGCUCCACUCCACUCCACCCGGGAUGUGCUCAAUCCGCUGGACUCUCACCGACCCGACCCAUUUCAGAGAAAUCGCUACUGAACCUGUGGGUGGUCACACUCUGAACCAGACGGUCAUGGACAGUUUGCAAAAUCAAGGCGGACCCCUCUAACAUCCGCUAGCCUUUAGCGAGGUAAGCAAUGACUGAGGCUAGUUUCCGGGAGGGACAGGAUUCCCCUUGGUGGAAAAGGUCUGUCUGGACAUCUGGUGCCUGUCUGGAAACCGUCUUUGGGGCAUGUUUUUGGAUGGUCCAGAAGGUUCCACAUGGUCCAAACAGGAAAGGGACAGAUACUUUGGUGGAGGAUCUUUGGAGAACGUGUCUGGAUCUUCUGGUGGAGAACCAAAUAUAGAUCUUGUGAGGAAAGGCAAAUGUGGAUCUUCUGGUGGAGAACAAAAUAUGGAUCUUGUGAGGAGAGGCAAAUACAAAUCUUCUGGUAGAGAACCAAAUAUGGAUCUUGUGAGGAAAGGCAAAUGUGGAUCUUCUGGUGGAGAACAAAAUAUGGAUCUUGUGAGGAGAGGCAAAUACAAAUCUUCUGGUAGAGAACCAAAUAUGGAUCUUGUGAAGAAAGGCAAAUACGGAUCUUCUGGAGGAGAACAAAAUAUGGAUCUUGUGAGGAGAGGCAAAUACAAAUCUUCUGGUAGAGAACCAAAUAUGGAUCUUGUGAAGAAAGGCAAAUACGGAUCUUCUGGUGGAGAACAUGGAGUGGCAUUUUGACCAAGAGUUGACAGCCAUGUUUCUUACUGUGUUCCUAGUCCUAUAUGGCACCACAGCUUUAGUCAAGGCCCUAGUAUAUUUUCAUCCCUGACUGUGAUUAGUGGCUUUAUUUAUUUAACACAAAAUGAAAGGAACUCUCCACUUCAAACACUUGGCUCAUGGCCUCACUUUUGAAGCACGCUGGUGAGACUGCCAAGCACGAUGUCAACGGCAACAGGACAGUUCCGCCAUUUCCUGAGGGAAUGCAGAUGGUCAUGUUUGGCAUGGGCUGUUUCUGGGGGGCGGAGAGGAGGUUCUGGCGGCAGAAGGGCGUGUACUCUACCCAGGUGGGCUACUCAGGUGGCUACACCGCCAACGCCACCUACCAUGACGUCUGCACAGGUAAAACUGGCCAUACUGAAGUGGUGCGGGUGGUCUUCCAUCCAGAGAACAUCACUUUUGGGAAUCUGCUGAAGGUCUUCUGGGAAAGCCAUGACCCCACUCAAGGCAUGCGGCAGGGUAACGACGUGGGCACCACCUACCGCUCAGCCAUCUACACCUACACCCCUGAGCAGCUCCAGGAAGCCCAGGCCUCCAAAGACCAGUACCAGAAGGAGUUAGCGAAGGAUGGCUUUGGGGCCAUCACCACGGAGAUAGCCGAGGCCAAAAAGUUCUACUACGCCGAGGACUACCACCAGCAGUACCUCAGCAAGAACCCCGACGGCUACUGCGGACUGGCCGGCACUGGGGUGACCUGCCCAAUAGGAGUGCGCUCUUAGAUUGGGUUCCACUGGCUAGUUUUUAGAGAGAGUUGCCUUAAUGAUGCACAUGAAAGCAUUUCAGUGAAUAUGAGUAUUGUGCAUUUCUGCUAUGAUGAGUAUUGUAAUAAUAAAGGAUACUUGUUAA